AUGGCCCUGCAAUCUCAAACUCCAGACCUUGUCGAAGACAUCAGCGAUGAUGGCCAAUUGACUAUACGUAUCCCAAACCCUAAAGUAUAUAUGGCACGCCAAUCAAAAUGGGUAGGUCGCAGAGGCAAACCUCGAUGCGACAACUGUCGGAUAGGAAAUUUGAAGUGCGACCGUGUUUUGCCAAUGUGUAAUCAUUGUACUUGGGCAGAUCAACCUGAAUGCUUUUACACACCCAUGCCAACUCCCGCUCAUCGUGGUAUUCCUCGAUGUGAUCGCUGCCGUGCUAACAACAUGAAAUGUGAUCGGAACUUGCCUGUGUGCAAUAACUGUGAAAGGGAGGCUGGAGGAACCGCAUGUAACUACACGCCCAAGAAAAGGCACAAACAGCCCGCUACCGAAGAGGAUCCCGUAAAGGCUUCUCUGAGAAUGGGCCAAAGUAUUAUGUCACAAAAAAACGAACAUCCUUUGCCUGUCAAUACCGAUCCGACGCAUACGCCACUUGAGACCGAUCAUCUCAGCAGCCACACAUUUUAUGGGCGAAAUAUUGGCAUUGACAUUCCUGGGGGCAUAGUCGUAUCGCCUACUCACUCCGAGUCUGAAUAUCUAUCUGAUGCAGAUUCUGGCCAAGCUGGACGGUUUACCGCAGAUUACUCCAGGGACAAUAGUUCGACAAACUUUUCUGCUUAUUCAUCAGAAGUCGUCCAAAGACCGCCUAUUCUUGCUCCGACUCCAUUGGAAUUCAUUCCUCAUUCCUUCCCUCUAUCUCAAGACCUCAAAAAUACUUCCACCAUUGAUCCUUGGCUACAUCAUUCUUUUAUCUCUCUCCCCGCAUAUGUCUGCAAACGACUUCGCCGACUAAGAACAGUAGAUUUCCCGAACCGUCGGGACUUUGACACGUCCUUGCUUGAUUUUCAAAAUGGCAUGAUGGAUGAAUUGAGAGAGAUUAUUUGUUUCCCUUCAGACGCCUACACCAAACUGGCAUCUUGUCUUGCAAGUGGUGACCUUUCAACACUUUCGGACCGUGUGCGAUCUUGGGCCUCAACACAAAGGCUCUCCUCUGUCACUGAAAAAUAUUAUCUCAUCUUGACUCCUCGCGACUCCGACUACACUGAUGAUUGUGGUCCGUCGGAAAAUGAUAAGCGACAAUUUGUCACUGAUCUCCUAAGCACCAAGUCGGACUUGGAAUAUGUUCAGGCCUUCAUCACUUGGACAAUGGCGGAAAUAUAUGUCAGAAUGUGCCCUACAUGCAAGCUCCGUGAAGAGGAGCUUUCAUCGUCGUUAGACUCAUAA